CAUCAGUAAACUCAAUCUCUCACCUCACACUCCUCACACUUCUUUCUUUUCUCACUUUCCAUCAUCCUCUGAGAAAUUCCAAAAGACCAUUAAUUUGGUUCCAGCUGAAACAAAAAUGGUGGCCAAGAAAUCACGGAUUGUGAUAAUUGGAGCGGGAAUGGCCGGCGUCACGGCGGCGAACAAGCUGUACACUGCUGCAGGGUCCAAGGACUUGUUCGAGCUCGUGGUUGUGGAAGGCGGGGAGAGAAUUGGCGGCAGAAUCAACACGUCGGAGUUCGGCGGCGAUCGGAUUGAGAUGGGAGCUACCUGGAUCCACGGCAUUGGAGGCAGCCCGGUUCAUAAAAUUGCUCAGGAAAUCAAUGCCCUCGAGUCAGCGCAUCCGUGGGAGUGCAUGGACGGGUCCUCCGACGAGCCCACCACCGUCGCGGAAGGUGGGUUGGAGCUGGAACCGGAUGUGGUGGACCCCAUUUCGUCUCUGUUCAAGAACUUGAUGGAUUAUGCUCAGGGGAAGCAGGUGUUUGAUGAAAGUCCAGAGAGAGAGUGCAAUGGUGAUUUUGAAUACAGUAAGCUUGGAGAUGAAGCUUCCAGGAUUUGUGCAAGCAAUGACGAUGUUGGGAAGCUCAGUGUCGGCUCUUUCUUAAGGCAAGGCCUUGAUACGUAUUGGGUUUCGAAGAAAAACCGAGAUGAGCAGGUCAGUGUCUAUACAAAUUGGAGCCGAAUGUUGCUGCAAGAGGCCAUCUUUGCAAUGCAUGAGAACAUCCAAAGGACUUAUACAUCAGCCGGUGAUUUGUUAACUCUCGAUUACAAUGCAGAAAGCGAGUACCGGAUGUUUCCCGGCGAAGAAAUCACCAUUGCUAAAGGGUACUUGAGCAUUGUUCAAUCUCUAGCCUCUGUACUCCCACCUGGGUUGAUCCAAUUGGGCAAGAAGGUCAGAAAAAUUCAAUGGCAGCCGGAUAAUCGCAAGAACAAGGGCUAUGAAUCCGACACAAGGCCUGUGAAGCUCCAUUUUUCUGAUGGGUCAGUUUUGUUAGCUGAUCAUGUUAUUGUUACAGUUUCUUUGGGGGUGCUCAAGGCUUCGAUUCGCCAAGAUUCUGGUAUGUUCAAUCCACCUCUGCCUCGUUUCAAAACCGAGGCGAUUUCGAGGCUUGGAUUUGGGGUUGUUAACAAGCUGUUUCUGCAACUGGGUUCUAUUCAUGCUCCUCCGAAGUCCCAAGAUUUCAGCAAGUUUCCAUUUUUACAAAUGGUUUUCCACAGAGCAGACUCAGAGCUCAGGAAAAAGAUCCCAUGGUGGAUGAGGAAGACAGCUUCUCUCUGCCCUCUCUACCACGAUUCCAGCGUUCUGCUUUCUUGGUUUGCAGGGGAAGAAGCACGUGCGCUAGAAGCACUUUCAGAUGAAGAGAUUAUCAACGGGGUUUCACAAACGGUGUCCAGCUUCCUAUCACAAAACUCACAUUCCCAUGAAUUGUGCAAUGGGAAUGGGAAUCCGGAGGAGAACUCUGAAGUGAAAUUUUCCAAGGUUUUGAAGAGUCAAUGGGGUAGUGAUCCACUGUUUCUGGGAUCAUACUCGUAUGUUGCGGUUGGAUCAAGCGGUGAGGAUUUGGACAGCAUGGCAGAGCCAUUGCCAUCUGAUGAUUCUGGUAGUGCUGCUAGUUCUUCACCUCCACUGCAGAUUCUGUUUGCAGGGGAAGCUACACACAGAACCCAUUAUUCCACAACCCAUGGAGCUUACUGUAGUGGCCUUAGGGAAGCCAAUAGGCUUCUCCAACAUUACCAACUUGUUGGUGUUCAGAAGAAUUAUUACCUGUAUUCGGAUUAUACAAAUCAAGGAUGAAUAUACGGGAAAAACAAGAGGUGAACCGCAUCGUAAUAUUGUUCUCCUCGAAAACAACAUGGGUGAUGGUAUUGAAUAUUUCAAAGCGUUCGAGAGAAGCACAAAAACAAAGAAAGCUUUGGAUGCCACCUCUCAUCCCUACCAAGUGUCCGUUUUGGAUUGCUCAAUGGACAGGAUCCGAUAAACCCGGCUCUUUCCGGAUUGGAGUCCUUCCAUCCGUUCCUUUCCUGCACUCACCGCCCAUGACACUGCGUUCUUCAAUCCCAUACAAGAGUUUACCUUCCAAAGCCAUUUCUUCGAUGAUGGAGUUUUUUUCUUCCUUGUAUUCUUCCAUUAAUCCUCUGUAAAGUUAGGGGCCCAAUUCUUACGAUCCUAUCGUUUGUCUCUUCUCGUCUGUCGUGUGAAAAAAAGACUUGUUUCUUUCCUUGUAUUAUUUUAUUAAUUCUUUCUUUGUGUUUGUC